UCAUAGAGUCGCAUAAUCGCUUAUAUAUGACCUAUUUGUAACACAUCGAAGCCGUUUAGCUGUGCUUUUGCUCGGAUAAGAAUCUUUUAUCGGCCUUCCGCGUUUUCCUGCGGCUCUGGCGCAGUGACGUGCCGCGCUCCGGCGGAGAUGCGGCGCGUCUGCGCGCGGAGCUCCGCCCUCCCUGCGCACUCCGCGGCCCGCCCAGCGCCCGCGAGCUCCCGAUCGAGCCCUGCCCGAGUCUGGGGAAACCCGACGGCCUGCCUGCGGAAAUCUGGAGGCCGCACUGCGCGUUCAUCUAUGUUGUGCAGUGGCCAAUGAGGAGUAAAGACGAUGACUGAGGAGGUCACCAGACUUGCGCUCCGCUCCCAAGAGCCAAAGAUUAUACUGCAUGGCUCAGAUGAAGGAGGUGCAGGUGAGGAGGAGUAUGUGGUGGAGCUGCAGGAGACGGUGCUGGUGUCAGAGGUGGAUGGGGAGGGAGUUUCCGUCCAGGGCUUCUCCUCCGAUGAGCUCGUCAUCCAGGAUGCGGUGGAGGACGUGGUCGCCGAAUACGUGCACUGCGAUGACGACGAGGGCGUUGCCGUGGAGACCUGUGUGAUGUCACUGGAGGGUGAGGAGGAAGAGGAUGACGGUGUUGCCAUGGCAGAGAUGACUGAGGAUGUUUUGGUGGCAGAGGGAAGGGAGCAAGAUGGGCUUGACCAAGAACACGACUCGGACAGCUGUGGAGACUACCUGAUGAUCUCCUUGGAUGAUGCAGGUAAGAUGGUGUCAGGUGAUGGAGAGGAGGUGACAGUUGAGGGAGCGAUUGAUGAUCAGGAGGUGGAGAAGGACGAGGACGGACAGGAAGUGAUUAAAGUUUACAUCUUUAAAGCAGACUCAGGGGAGGAUGAUCUCGGUGAGACAGUGGACCUGGAUGAGAGUGAGACAGUCACUUUGGCUGAACCUGUCGUACGGCCGCUGAGAGAGAAGAUGGUCUACAUGUCUGUAGGAGACGGCCAUCAUACACAGACUGAUGGAGGGUCGAAGCUCUCCGAUGAGGUUUAUAUGGAGGUGCUUGUUGGUGGAGAAGAGCCGGUGUCUCAUGACCGAGUGUAUGACAGCACAGCAUUGAGCAAAGACUUCAUGCCUGUAGCGUGGGCCGCUGCAUACGGUGCGGCGGAUCACGAGGGUUGUGAGAAUCGUAACGGUGCGGCGAGCGCAUUACUGCACAUCGAUGAAUCGGACGCGCUGGACAAACUGAACCGGCAGCACGGCAAGAACAAGAGGCGAACUGAACCCCGUCAGGUCCAGACAGCGAUUAUCAUCGGUCCAUACGGACAGCCUCUCACCGUCUACCCCUGCAUGCUGUGCGGUAAGAAAUUCAAAUCCCGCGGCUUCCUGAAGCGACACACUCGCAACCACCACCAGGACGUCUUGACUCGCAAAAAGUACCAAUGCACCGACUGCGACUUCACCACUAACAAAAAAGCCAGUCUCCACAACCACAUGGAGGUUCACGCGGUCAGCAACAAAGCUCCCUUCGAAUGCGAGACCUGCGGUAAAGAGUUUCACCAGCAAGCCGCGUUGUUUUCCCAUCGCCUUCAACACCAUCACCGGGAACAGAAAUCGCCUACGGCCAUAGCGUCCCCGCUCUCUCCCGCCGCUGCGACCAAGACUCACAAAUGCAAGUUUUGCGAUUACGAGACCGCCGAGCAGGGCCUGCUCAAUCGCCACCUGCUGGCCGUCCACAGUAAGAGUUUCCCGCACAUCUGCGUGGAGUGCGGUAAGGGUUUCCGUCAUCCGUCCGAGUUAAAGAAACACAUGCGGACGCACACCGGGGAAAAGCCGUAUUCUUGCGCGUACUGCGAUUAUAAAUCGGCGGACUCGUCGAACUUGAAGACGCACGUGAAAACGAAACACAGUCGCGAACUGCCGUUCCGCUGCGAGCGUUGCGGUCAGACCUUCGGCGAAGAGGAGGAGCUGACGCAGCACGCGGCGACGCACGAGGACGCUCGAGGGCACCAGUGCAGCCACUGCGACCAUCGCAGUUCCAACUCCAGCGACCUUAAACGGCACAUUAUUUCCGUGCACACUAAGGACUACCCGCACAAAUGCGCCGUCUGCGGAAAAGGCUUCCAUCGGCCGUCCGAGCUUAAGAAACACUCGGCGUCUCACAAAACCAAGAAACUGCAUCAGUGUCGUCACUGCAACUUUAAGAUCGCCGACCCCUUUGUCCUUAGCCGCCAUAUUCUUUCCGUCCACACCAAGGAACAACAACAACAGCAGCCGCAGGAGCCCGCGUCACCCACCUCACCCGCGUCACCGCCGACGCCGCCGCCAACCCAGCCGCAAGCCCCGCCCGUAGAAAAAAGCACCCCAAAGAGGACUAUAGGGGCGGCGCAGUUGGCGGCGGGGGGCGCGGCGGUAAAGAAGGGAGGUGGGACGGCGGGUAAGGGUCCACGGGAGCGUAGGGUGUAUCAGUGUCAGUAUUGCGACUACAGCACGGGAGAUGCGUCUGGCUUUAAGAGACACGUCAUUUCCAUUCAUACUAAAGACUAUCCUCAUCGCUGUCAGUACUGCUCCAAGGGCUUCCGAAGACCUUCGGAGAAAAACCAGCACAUUAUGAGACACCAUAAAGACGUGGUGCCCACAGAAUGAGCAUCCUCCUCUUCCUCAUCUUCCUUUAUGUGCCGUAUAAGACACUAAACAGCCCGUACUUUAAAUCAGCAUCCCUCGUGUUGGCAACCAGUUGCAUAUGUGUGUGUGUGUGUUGUUGUGUCUGUAUGUGAGAUUGAAUCUAGUGCACAGAAUGCAUUCGCACCUCCCCACAUUAAAGGAAAAGUUCACCCAAAAAUGAAAUUGUCAUGAUUGACGGAUUCUCAUUUCGUUCCAAACCUGUAUUAUGAGAAGAAUCACCUUAAAAGUAUUUUGAAAGUAUUUUGUGUCAGACGAUAAGGUGUUUGGGUCCAAAUUCAAAAAUGUUGUAAUGAUGCCAAACUGGUUUUGGAAGAACAUGAGAACAACAUAAAUAAUAAUGACACUGCUUCAUUUCUGAGUGAACGCUUUCUUUAAAUUUGGUUUAUGCUCGUGUGUUUGUAUUUUAUGUUUUUUAGCGAAUUCGAUUUGGUUUUUCGUACCUAACAGAUGAACUGUGGAUCAGGUGUUUAUAUUCCUCAAGCAUUUUAGAGAUGCAGUUUGUAGUCGAGCAUGGAAAACAUUUGACCUUGAUAUCAUAUACAACCGCUCUAAAAUGCUUUAUGGAUAUAUGACCAUGUGGCUCAGUUUUGCACUUUAUCAGCAUGAUUGACAGCUGUCUUUAUGGGUUGCAAAAUGUGGACAUGGAGGAAACAUCUAGAAGUGUUGGAAAGAUAUCAGACUGUUUUUCAUCGAAACUAAAAACAAUGUUUUAUUUAGUAGAGUCAGGACAGGGUUAAUCUGGUAUAUAAAUAUUCUUAUAAACUUAUAAACAAAGACUGCAAGAAACUUUGCAUAUUUGUCAGGCAGUAAGAGACUAUGGAUAGUUUCAGAUCUGUAUUUAUAAAGCAUUUAAAGGAAUAGUUCACUUGAAAAUUCAACUCAUGCAGGUUCAAUUUUAUUUAUUUUUGUUUCAGUAUGAUGACGACGGGCGGUCAGAGCUCAAAAAAAAAAAGUACAAAUGAAAUGUGAUUAAAUGUCAUUUUUUGUGAACUGUUCCUUUAAUGCAUACACAAAACUGCUGGUUUUAAUGUUUGGUAAACUUUGAUCAUGUAUAUUAAAUGUAUUGCACACACUGCAAAAAAUGAUUUUCAAGAAAAACAUUUCGUAGUAUUUUUGUCUUGUUUUCAGUAAAAAUAUCUAAAAAUUCUUAAAUUAAGAUGCUUUUUCUUGAUGAGCAAAAUGACCCAAGAAAAUAAGUCUAGUUUUUAGAUCAACAAUAUAAAUUUAAGUGACUUUGUGCAUAAAACAAGCAAAAAAUCUGCUAAUGGGGUAAGCAAAAAAUCCUGAACACUUUUCUUAAACACUAAAUUCAAGAAAAAUUUGCUUGUUUUAUGCACAAAAUCACUUAAAUUUGACAUUUUUGCUCUCAAAACUAGACUUAUUUUAUUGGGUCAUUUCGCUCAUCAAGAAAAAGCAUCUUAAAUGUAAGAAUUGUAAAAAUUAUUUUACUAAAAACAAGACAAAAAUACGAAGAAUGUUUUUUCUUGAAAAUAAUUUUUUGCAGUGCAUUAUGAAUGAAUGCAUUGAAAAAAAGACUUUCUUUUUCUUGUUUUCAGUACAAAUAUUUAAAAAUUCUUAAAUCAAGAUGUAUUUUCUUGAUUAUCAAAAUGACCUAAGAAAAUAAGUUUUUACAAUUUGUGCUUAAAACAAACAAAAAAUGCAGCUGUUUUCCAAUAACUUACUGUAGAUUUAAAUUGAUAUUAUUUACUGCCAACAGUUUGUUCAAAAUGAACAUUAAAGAUAAACAAGUCUUUAUCUUCACAGAAUAAAACUAUAAAAUAACAGCCUCAAUCAAAGCAUUGCGGGAAACAAAAUCUGAAGGAAAAACAGAAAAAGGUUGAUGAGGAUUUCUGGUUCCCACAAUGCUUUGCAUGAGUCUGUUAUUUUAUAGCUUUAUUCUUAAUGUUCAUUUAACUUUGAACAAACUGUUGCCAGUAAUCAAUUUAAAUCUACAGUAAGUUACUGGCAAACAGCAAGUUCGGUAAGCAAUUUUUUUUCUUGAAUUGAGAAAAAAGUUCAAGAUUUUUUUCUUACCCCAUUGGCAGAUUUUUUGCAUGUUUUAAGCACAAAUUCACUUACAUUUUAUGUUUUUUUACUUAUAUCUUAAAUAAUUUUUCUCAUCAAGAAAAUCCAUCUUAAUUUAAGAAUUUUUAGAUAUUUGCACUGAAAAUAAGACACGAAUACCAAGCAAGAAAGUCAUUUUUUUUUGCAGUGUGUAUGGGACCACAGAAGAGACUAAAUGAAAUAGAAAAUUUAAUGAUGAAUCUCACAAAAACACGUCUUGAUCGUAUUUCACCACAAAAUAUAAAUUUUAGGAAAAUCAAAACAACCUCUAGUAAAAUCUUAUAUAACAUUUAAAAAAUCUGGUAAAGUUGUUACAAUAAUGAGAAUCACUGUAAAAAUAUGAAGCAUUAUUGCAUUACAGUAAUCUGCUCAUCGCUAUCAUGUCUUUAAAUGGGUUUGAUUGUGCGUGUGUGUAUUUUAAUAUGACCUGGAUGUGUUUAUCUGUGAGAUUCACUGAAACAAACUCUGACCGUAUAUCUGUAACUUUCAGUACAUCAGAAAUAUUCUUCAUAAUCUUACUAAACACAUCAGUAUCUUAUCAGUAUACACGACAGGCACUAUGUAAAAAAUAACUGAGAUUACAGACAAUGAGAUCUGUUUGUGUUUCUGUGUGUAUGGUUAACAGAACUGUCUGGUUUUUACCGAUGCCAAUAACCGUUCACCAGUGACUCUUGAGUGACUAUAAUCUAGUGAUGGUACUGUUUGACUGCAUUCAUGGACAGUCCAAGCAAAUCCACAUCACCUCCUAACUGUCUUAUAGUCAACAUCAGACCUUGCUCAGAGUAUGCACUAGUCUGUCAUGGAGAAAGUAUGCAAGUUACACUAAUUUAACAGAUUUAAAUAGCACGCUUCAAAACUGGUAUAAAAACUGACAAAAAAGAAUCAAGUGGAAGAGGCAAAGUCUUGGGUUUAUAUCUAACGUUACUUCACAGUUCCCCAAAUCUGUGAUGUAUGAUGUGAUCUUCAGCUCAUCAUGUGUUUGUUCAGAUGAAGUUGAAGGAUUAUAUAACCUCAGAUCUCAGCCUCUAUCCAUCGUAAAACACAGCACCGUUGCCAAACUGAUGCCAUCAGUCAGGACCCUCGCUUACCCUUCCUCAUCUUUCCUGUCCCUGUCAUCAUUUUUAUACUGCAGAUAUUUAUUUGGUCACCGGUUAAACUUUGUUGUAUAGAUAAAUGUAAGUAGGCUUCUAUGGGAUUAUAACUUAUUGUUUUGUACACAGAUCUGUAAAGAGAAAGAGAGACGCUGUAAACAUUUCAGGAGUCAGAACUUUGUGUUGUCAUGGAUGUAUCUUCACAUUUGUUUAAAAAAGAGAAAAAGGAAAUAAAAGGCUAUGUAUU